AUGAUGACGCAGCAUCUGGCGGCGCUGUCAGCCCAUGCGGAGGCCAUUCGAGAGAAGGUGCGCGGAGUGGGGAGGUCUCUGCGCGGAAUUGGGGGGGAGCAGGCGCAGGGAGGAAGAAUGGAGGGCGGGGGUGAGCGGGGAGGGAACAACGAGGAGCAAAGUGGGGAGGAGGAGAAGGAUGAUCAGAACGAGAAGGAAGCAGAGGAGGAAGCGAGGGAUGGGGAGAAAGAGGCGGAAGAGGAGGAGGAAGGGGAGGAGGAGGGGGGAAUGAGGGACGAGGAGGAGGAGAAGACGAUUGAUCUGGUUGACGAGACGACGGAGGAAGGGGAUGAAGAAGAUUCGAAGCGCGAAUCUGCUGGAGAAGCAUGGGAGAAGCUGGAGGAAAGACCCCUCGUUGCUCAAAACGGAUUGGGACAGGACAAAGGGGCAGGGUUGGGGGACGAAGCCAGGGAUACCAUGCGGGGGGGAGGGGAAGGCGUGGUGGGGAGGGCAGGCGGGAAGCAUAGUGCAGUGGGGAAGGUAGAUGGGCCGUUGGGGAACGACCUGGUACUGUCUGUGAAGCGAUGGGCGCAAGGGGCGGGGCUGUGCGGAGCAGCAGACGCAGCAGCAGAAGCAGCAGCAGGGCAGCCAACAUGGAGCAAGGGAGUUGCAUGUGGGGAGGUGCAGAGCGCAUUAGUGGGAGGGAAACUCAGUGACGAGGCACUCAAGGCAUGCCUGCAGGAAGAAGUCAACGCCUUGCUGCUACUCAUCCCGGCUGACAAGCAGCUAAUUCAGACACGCAUGAUCAACGGAAUGAUCUGCUUUCUCUCUUCUCUGUCCCCCAAGACACAGCAGAGCACCCCUGCAGUGCAACGGAUUGUUCCUGAAACGCGGCAACUCAAUGGCAACCCAGCAGCACCGCACAUCACCUCUGAAUUACAGGAGAUCACCCUCUCCCACAGCAACCUCCACUACUUUCUCUCACUUGCUCCCGCCUGCCGUCCUACCCUCCUCCCCUCCCUCUCCUCCCUCACACUUGACCAAUGCUCCUCGGUCUCUCCCCGCGACAUGCUCUCCCUCUGCCACCUCCCCUCCCUCACCUCCCUCUCCUUCCUCCAAACCCCCUUCACUCCUUCCGCCCUCUCCCUCAUCCAGCCCUUCUCCCGCCUCCACCAACUCGUCCUCGACUGCCCCGGCCCCUCAACCCUGGCCUUCAAAAACGGGCCCUGGCCAUUAAAACGACUGAAAGUGCUGCAUAUAAGCUGGGUGACUAACGCAGUUCUGGAGCACGUGGGCAUGCUGAGGAGCCUGGAAAUCCUUUUUUGCACGUGCUGUGAGGGGGUGGGUUUCAUGGGAUGGCUUUGCCUCGUCGGUUUGAAACGGCUGAGGCAGCUCCGAGUGGCUCCAGCAGACCUGGAGGGUCAUGGGCUGAGGAUGGACUAUCCCAAGGGAAGAUUUCCGGUGGUCUCACGGGUGUAUGCAAGGCCACAGAAGGAGCAGGGGGGCGUACUCUGGGAGAAAGUUGGAGGGGGUGUUCAAGGGGGUGUUCAUGAGAAUGCACACUUGAAUCACUUGGAGGGAUUGCCAGGCCAAGAUGACGAUAGUGAGGUGUGGCAUUUGCUGAGCUCGCUGCCUCUUCUGGAGCAUCUGGAGUUGCAUGCUCCACCGCGCUACAAGAACGCAUUCGUGUCGCUGGAUGAGUUGUGCCUUCUCACCACUCUCCACAUCACCGGGGCUUUCCUUGACCAUGACGAUCUCAAAUGGUUGACCCGCGUGACUCAGUUGACCCACCUCAGCCUCGCUGCCUGCACGUUCUCAACUGAGAGCGAGGUCUUCCGAUGGUGGGAUCCCCCCUGUAGUGUGGCGAAGAGAAUAGCAGACGCCAUGCCGCAUUUGGUGUCCCUCGACCUGUCGGGAACAGCAGUCACCAAAGAGGACAUAUUUGAACUGAAAUAUCUGAAGCACUUGGAGCGACUGACUCUGCAGCAGUGCUGCAAUCUGAGUGCGUCGUUUGUGCGGUACCUCGGGUUCAUUCCUCUUCUCAAGGAGCUGGAUCUAAGUUUUAACAACAUGCCGGCUGCGUGGUUGAGGCACGUUGUGGAAGGGAAGCGGGUGAGACCGGGUCUCAUGGAGGACGCAGAGGCGCGGCGAUCUCGCCUGCGCGGCAUGCGCGAGUCCGCGGCGAAGCAGCAGGCGGCGUCCCCCGGGCCCGUGCCUUCCGCCGCGCUCUCCGCACUCCCCUCCCCCGAUUUCUCCCCCGCCGGCGCUUAUCCGCAUGCAUCCGCGCCGGCCGGGGCGCUAACGGGGGAAGGCGGACAUGGGGAAGGUAGAUCUGCUAGACGGCCGGCGGGGGCAGCAGGGGCAGGCUCGGGGGGAUUCUCUUUUUACACGGAUCCUAUGGCAGCCUAUCAGCAGCAGCCACGUGUAGGGCCCGGAUUGGGCCCGCCUGCCAUGCGCACUCCCUCCCCGCGCUUGCCUUCCCCACAGCUUCCGCCCUCCCCUCUCCCUUCCGCAGGCUACUUUCCUUCCGCCAGCCAACACCCCGUUCCACCAAGCCACACCCCUCCCCCAGGCCAAACCCCGCUUUCCGCGCAUACCCCUCCUCCGCUCGCCUACACCCCGCCCCCCAGCUAUACCCCUCCGCCCAGUUACACCCCUCCGCCUGGCCACGCCCCUCCCCCACCUUCCGCGGGUCCCCCAAGCACAGGACCAUUCAGUGCGCCCAUCCUCCACCAUCCCCCCCCGGGUGGCGGAAUGGGGAUGACUUUCUCCCCCCUGCCCGCGCCCAUGCGCCAGGCCACCCCUCCCUCCGCGCCCCUGUACCAGUCAACGCCUCCCCCGGGUAUGACCCCCCAAGGCGCGCCUGGUGCUGCCUCCCCCAUGCACCUCCCCCCUGCCUCGUGGGGGGGUCCGCCUGGCGCAGGCGAUCAGAGUUACGCUGGGUCGGGUUACCAGCAACAGGGUUACCAGCAGCAGGGUUACCAGCAACAGGGUUACCAGCAACAGGGUUAUCAGCAGCAGGCGGGCAAGGGGUGGGAUGGCGGGGGGAGAGGUGGAUGGGGGCAAAGCAGAGGAGAGGGAGGGGGAGGGGGGAGAGAUGGGGGCAGAGGGGGAGGAUUCAGACUCCUCUCGGGCAGCAAUCACUUUCACCAUGCUGCCCGCACUGUUCAACCGAGUGACACUGUUCAUCCGGGCGGCAUCUGGGGGAGGCUGGCGCAGGGCGGCUGGUGGCCGGCAGGGGAGCAGGCAGAGGAGGUGGAGCUAUCCGGAGUGCACAAGCUGGGCCUGUGGACCACAGUAGAGCCCUGCAUUCGCGCAUCUCGGCAGCAUCUGGGGGAGGAGCCGGGCCGUGGGCACAGCAGAGGUGCUCGUAGGGUGGGUGCUCACAGGGUGGGUGGUGAUAGGGUGGGUGCUCAUAGGGUGGGUGCUGAUGGGGUGGGUGCUGAUGGGGUGGGUGCUGAUGGGGUGGGUGCUGAUGGGGUGGGUGUGGGUGCUGAUGGGGUGGGUGCUGAUGGGGUGGGUGCUGAUGGGGUGGGUGCUGAUGGGGUGGGUGCUGAUGGGGUGGGUGCCGAUGGGGUGGGUGUGGGUGCUGAUGGGGUGGGUGCUGAUGGGGUGGGUGCUGAUGGGGUGGGUGCUGAUGGGGUGGGUGCUGAUGGGGUGGGUGCUGAUGGGGUGGGUGCUGAUGGGGUGGGUGCUGAUGGGGUGGGUGCUGAUGGGGUGGGUGCUGAUGGGGUGGGUGCUGAUGGGGUGGGUGCUGAUGGGGUGGGUGUGGGUGCUGAUGGGGUGGGUGCUGAUGGGGUGGGUGCUGAUGGGGUGGGUGCUGAUGGGGUGGGUGCCGAUGGGGUGGGUGUGGGUGCUGAUGGGGUGGGUGCUGAUGGGGUGGGUGCUGAUGGGGUGGGUGCUGAUGGGGUGGGUGCUGAUGGGGUGGGUGCUGAUGGGGUGGGUGCUGAUGGGGUGGGUGUGGGUGCUGAUGGGGUGGGUGCUGAUGGGGUGGGUGCUGAUGGGGUGGGUGUGGGUGCUGAUGGGGUGGGUGCUGAUGGGGUGGGUGCCGAUGGGGUGGGUGUGGGUGCUGAUGGGGUGGGUGCUGAUGGGGUGGGUGCUGAUGGGGUGGGUGCUGAUGGGGUGGGUGCUGAUGGGGUGGGUGCUGAUGGGGUGGGUGCUGAUGGGGUGGGUGCUGAUGGGGUGGGUGCUGAUGGGGUGGGUGCUGAUGGGGUGGGUGCUGAUGGGGUGGGUGCUGAUGGGGUGGGUGUGGGUGCUGAUGGGGUGGGUGCUGAUGGGGUGGGUGCUGAUGGGGUGGGUGCUGAUGGGGUGGGUGCCGAUGGGGUGGGUGUGGGUGCUGAUGGGGUGGGUGCUGAUGGGGUGGGUGCUGAUGGGGUGGGUGCUGAUGGGGUGGGUGCUGAUUGGGUGGGUGCUGAUGGGGUGGGUGCUGAUGGGGUGGGUGCUGAUGGGGUGGGUGCUGAUGGGGUGGGUGCUGAUGGGGUGGGUGCUGAUGGGGUGGGUGCUGAUGGGGUGGGUGCUGAUGGGGUGGGUGCUGAUGGGGUGGGUGCUGAUGGGGUGGGUGCUGAUGGGGUGGGUGCUGAUGGGGUGGGUGCUGAUGGGGUGGGUGCUGAUGGGGUGGGUGCUGAUGGGGUGGGUGCUGAUGGGGUGGGUGCUGAUGGGGUGGGUGCUGAUGGGGUGGGUGCUGAUGGGGUGGGUGCUGAUGGGGUGGGUGCUCAAUUUUCAGUUCGCUCACAAGAAAGCGCUACUGUUACUGAUCGCCGGGAGGGCCACUCUGUGAGCGCUGCCGUGACCUGUGACCUCGCGCACUCGCUCUCUCUCAAUGCUGCCACAUCGCACCGGCUCACCUCUUCAGCAUGGCUGUACACGCGAGUCUCAGCGCACAGCAAGCAGCCCGACCGAACAAGAGUGCUGCUGCAGUGGGUACUUCGACCAUAUCCCCGCCACACCUUCUCACCCCUCCUCGCCCUCUCGCCCGCUCGUCCCGCUCAAGCCGUGGUCACAUGGAAGACUCAGAGCUUGCCUGCUGCAGGCACCACUCCGCAUUCUCUACAAAUGCGUCUCUUUCUGUCGAGUCAGGGGGGCAUGGCUUUCAGGCUCAAUGCAGCAAUGGGCGAUGGAUUUACAGAUGGGGAUGCAGUAGAAGGGGUGAUGCUGGACUGUUAG